AUUAAAAUAAAUAAUAACCCAAACAAUCCAUUUAGACGAUUGGCAAAAGACAUAAAUAACAUUUCAUUGAAGAGGAUAUACAGAUGUCGAAUAAAUACAGGAAAAAUUUACAUCACUAGGGAAAUACAAAUUCAAACCAUCAUGAGAAUAUUAUCUACUGAAUGGCUAAAAUGAAAAUAAUGACAGCACAAAAAGCUGGCAACAGUGGGUAAACUGGAUCACUCAUACAUUCUUAGUGGGAAUCUGAAAUGUUACAGGUAGUUUAUUUGUGAAACUAAACAUGCCAUUACCAUAUUCUGCAGCAAUUGUACUACUCUUGGUUAUUUAUGCCAGGGAAGUGAAAGCUUAUGUUCACACAAAAACCUGUACACAGAUGUUCAUAGCAUCUUUAUUUUAAUGUCCCAAAGCUGGAAUCAGCCCAGAUGUCCUUCAGCAAGUGAAGGGUUUAACAGGCUGUACAUAAAAUCAUAGAAUACUACUCAGCAAUAAAAAAGAACAAAUUACUGAUACAUGUGAAACCUUCGAUGAAUCCCCAGGGAAUUAUGUUGAGUGGAAAAAAGUUCAUCCCCUAAAGGUUAUAUAUAAUUCUAUUUAUAUAAUAGUUUUGAUUUGACAAAAUUUUGAACCGGGGGAACAGAUUAACUGUUGCCAAAGCUUAUAGAUUUGGUGGGGUCGGGGAGGAUGGGUAAGUGGUUCCUAUAAAAGGGCAACAUAAGGCAUCCUUGUGGUGUAGGAACUCUUCAGUCUGUUUAUCACCUAUACAGGUGAUGAAACUGUAUAGAACUUCAUAUACACACAUGCACACACAGAUGAGUACACUUAAACUGGGAAAAUCUGAGUAAGAUAGGUAGUAGAUUGUGUCAAUGUUGAUAUCCUGUUUAUAGUAUACUAUAGUUUUGUAAAAUGUUACAUUAGAGGAAACUGGGCAAAGUGUACAAGGGUUCUCUCUGUAUUAUUUCUUAUAAUUGUAUGUGAGUCUACAAUUAACUCAAAAAUUGCAAUAAAAUAAGUAGAAGGCUUAGGUAAAAGUAUUUGGGGUACUUUUCCUAGUUAGACAAAACAAAAACAUAUCAUACUUCCUGAGAAGAUAGUUCAAUAUAUCUGCUACUGUAUGUCAAUAGCACAAAAUUUUAAGUACCUGAAAAUCAGUUAGGAAAUAGUUAUCAGUAGUGGUUCUGAUUUAUCUUUGUUCAGUUUGAAAAAUAAAACAUUACAUUUUAAUACCCAUUUCUCCACUCAAAAUAGACAUUGAAAGACAGAUUUUAUAUAUAGGUUAAGAGUAAAAAGGAAAAUGAGGAUUUAUAGACAGAACCAUUCCUUGGUUAUAUCUUUUGAUUGCACUUUGCUGAGAUUUUCUGCAUUAAAUAUAAAAUUGUGAUAACCGAUAUUUUUGAUUUGGAGAAUGAAGGAUGUAAGAAUUCUCUAUGAAAAUUAUAGUCCUGCCUUUUGGCUCUAAUCAGCACCAUGGCAGUCAGCAAGAAUAAGCGCCUUACGAAAGGUGGCAAGAAGGGAGCCAAGAAAAAAGUGGUUGACCCAUUUUCUAAGAAAGAUUGGUAUGCUGUGAAAUCACCAGCUAUGUUCAAUAUAAGAAACAUUGGAAAAACACUAGUCAUGAGAACUCAAGGAACCAAAAUUGUAUCUGAUGGUCUCAAAGGUUGUGUUUUUGAAGUGAGCCUCGCUGAUCUGCAGAAUGAUAAAGUUGCAUUUUGAAGAAAGUUAAUUACUGAGGAUAUUCAGGGCAAAAACUGCCUGACUGAUUUCCGUGUCAUGGGUCUUACUUGUGACAAAAUGUGCUCCAUGGUCAAAAAAUGGCAGACCAUGACUGAAGCUCAUGCUGAUGUCAAGACUACCUACCGAUGGUUAUUUGCUUCAUCUGUUCUUUGUUGGUUUUACUAAAAAAAAAAAA